UUCUUCUCCUUUGACAUUACAGCUACCCACAGACAAGGCAAACGUUUCUCCUAGCACCAUGUCUCUCCAAUUUUCUGGUGGAUCCAGGCACACUGGCUUACAGUCUGGCUCUGGAUCUGUCAGACCACCCAGUGGAAGCGCAGGCCUUGCCAGCAGCAGUGUGUGUGGCAGUUCUGUUGCUGGAAGUGGAUUUUCCUAUGCCUUGGGAGGGGGAUUGGGUGGUGUUCCUGGUGGAAGCCAUGCUGGUGGCACCCUUGGAAAUGCUGUAUGUCUUAGCUUUGCUGGAAGUGAAGGGGGACUCCUCUCUGGGAAUGAGAAGGUGACCAUGCAAAAUCUCAACAACCGCUUGGCAUCUUACCUGGAUAAUGUGAAAGCUCUGGAGGAGGCGAAUGCUGAAUUAGAGAGAAAAAUCAAGAAUUGGUAUGAAAAAUAUGGACCUGGAUCUUGCCGUGGACUUGAUCAUGACUACAGCACAUAUCACCAAACAAUUGAGGAUCUUAAAAAUAAGAUUAUCUCUUCCACAGCUACUAAUGCUAAUGUCAUUCUACAAAUUGAUAACGCCAGACUGGCUGCUGAUGACUUUCGGCUAAAGUAUGAAAAUGAGCUCGCCCUUCACCAGAAUGUAGAGAUGGACAUCAAUGGACUGCGCCGGGUCCUGGAUGAGCUGACCCUCUGCAGGACUGACCAGGAGCUGCAGUAUGAAUCCCUGAGUGAGGAAAUGACGUAUCUUAAGAAGAACCACGAAGAGGAAAUGCAAGUUCUGCAGUGUGCGGCUGGAGGUAACGUGAACGUGGAGAUGAACGCGGCCCCCGGGGUGGACCUCACGGUUCUGCUGAACAACAUGCGAGCUGAGUACGAAGCCCUGGCCGAGCAGAACCGCAGGGACGCCGAGGCCUGGUUCCAGGAGAAGAGCGCCACCCUGCAGCAGCAGAUCUCGGACGACGCGGGCGCCGCCAGCUCCGCCAGGACCCAGCUGACCGAGCUGAAGCGCACGCUGCAGACGCUGGAGAUCGAGCUGCGGUCCCUCCUGGCGACGAAACAGUCCCUGGAGUGCUCCUUGACCGAAACCGAGGGCAACUACUGCUCACAGCUGGCGCAGAUCCAGGCUCAGAUCGGGGCCCUGGAGGAGCAGCUGCACCAGGUCAGGACUGAGACUGAGGGCCAGAAGCUGGAGCAUGAGCAGCUGCUGGACGUCAAGGCCCACCUGGAGAAGGAAAUUGAGACCUACUGUCGCCUGAUAGAUGGAGAUGGAAAUUCAUGCUCCAAAUCGAAAGGAUUUGGAUCAGAAAUCUCAGGGAAUUCAUCUACAGAUGUAUCCAGAACCACACUGGUAAAGACAGUGGUUGAAGAGCUAGAUCAACGUGGCAAAGUUCUUUCAUCGAGGAUUCACUCUAUUCAAGAAAAAACUUCUAAAAUGACCAACGGAAAGGCAGAACAAAGGGUUCCCUUCUAGCUGUCAUUGCCGGGAAAAGAAUAACUUGGGAAAGGCUCUAGUACACCUGCAUUUUUCUAAAUAUAAGGGAGAAUAAAAACACUUUCUACUCUAAAAGAUAAGUUACUUAGCCAAAAUACCUGUUUUCUUAGUGACUUUUACAAGAUGUUAGGUGUUUGCUUUCAAAUAAAUAAAAGUUGAUAUAUACACAUUUCCAU